AUGGACACCAAACUCGUGUUUUAUGACAUUGCCAUGUGCCCCCCAGUCGAAAAGAACAAUAGCGCCGUAAACCCUUGGAAGACCCGUCUAGCUCUCAACUUCAAAUCUGUCCCCUACAUAACCAAUUGGGUCAAACUCCCCGAGGUAUCUAGUGUCAGGACAAGCCUUGGUAUCCCCGCAUGCCGCAAAUUCGCCGACGGCACAGACUUCCACACUCUUCCCAUCUUAGUGGACCCCACAACAUCCCGCAAACUCGGCGACUCCUUCGACAUUGCCGUUUACCUGCAAAAGCACUACCCAUCCGGAAACGAUCUAUUCCCGCCUCAGUCCCUGGAUUACGCCUUCAGUCCGGAUACUGCGAUUCCAAUUCCGUUGUCUGAGUGCGACGAGGGUGAAUACCCCCAAUAUGCCCGCUUCAAUAUGAAUAUCGACGCUGCAUUCACCACGCACGUCGCACUCAUGGUCCAAGGGCUAUCGUUUGAUCCUGCAACUGCCAAGGAGACGAAGGCUGAGUUUGUUCGGCGGGCUGGUAUGAGUUGUUGGGAGGAUUUUGCUAUUACAAACGAACAGCGUGAGAAGCUCAUUGAGUCCUUUCGAGAUAUGUUUGAGGGACUGGCGAAGCUUUUUGGUGGCAAUGGGCCGUUUUUACUUGGGGAUCGGGCUAACUAUGCGGAUCUUAUUGUUGGGGCUUGGUUGAGGAUGGCGAGCAAGACUUUGCCUGGUGAGGAGUGGGAAUUGGUUAGAGGGUGGCAUGGGGGCGUUUUUGGAAGGUUGUAUGAUGCAUUGGAGAUUUAUGCGGUUGUUCAAUAA